CUCGGACCGCCCCCUCCGCGUCCGGCACGCCCGGCGCCGCCUUUCGGCCCCUGUCCCCGGCUCGGCCUCGGCCAGGUCUGAUUCGCGGCGCGCGCGGCCCCGGAGGCUCUCGGCGAGCGCAGCGCGGUAACAAGUGGGCAAGGAUGCCGUACGAGAUCAAGAAGGUGUUCGCCAGCCUCCCCCAGGUGGAGAGGGGUGUCUCCAAAAUCAUCGGCGGUGACCCCAAGGGCAACAAUUUUCUUUACACCAAUGGAAAGUGCGUCAUCCUAAGGAACAUCGACAACCCGGCCAUCGCUGACAUCUACACCGAGCACGCCCAUCAGGUGGUGGUGGCCAAGUACGCGCCCAGCGGAUUCUACAUCGCCUCUGGAGACAUAUCUGGGAAGCUGAGGAUCUGGGAUACCACGCAGAAGGAGCACCUCUUGAAGUAUGAGUAUCAGCCUUUUGCUGGGAAGAUCAAGGACAUUGCUUGGACGGAAGACAGUAAGAGGAUCGCAGUGGUCGGGGAAGGAAGGGAGAAGUUCGGAGCCGUCUUCCUGUGGGACAGUGGCUCUUCCGUGGGCGAGAUCACAGGACACAACAAAGUCAUCAACAGCGUGGACAUUAAGCAGAGCCGGCCGUACCGCCUGGUGACUGGCAGUGAUGACAACUGUGCCGCGUUCUUUGAGGGGCCACCAUUCAAGUUCAAGUUCACAAUUGGCGACCACAGCCGCUUCGUCAACUGCGUGCGAUUCUCCCCCGACGGGAACAGAUUUGCCACAGCCAGCGCUGAUGGCCAGAUCUACAUCUACGACGGAAAGACAGGAGAGAAGGUGUGCGCACUGGGAGGAAGCAAGGCUCACGACGGCGGCAUCUAUGCCAUCAGCUGGAGUCCUGAUGGCUCCCACUUGCUUUCUGCUUCUGGAGACAAAACCUCUAAAAUUUGGGAUGUCAAUAUGAACUCUGUUGUCAACACGUUUACCAUGGGCUCCAACGUUCUGGACCAGCAGCUGGGCUGCUUAUGGCAGAAGGACCACCUCCUCAGCAUCUCCUUGUCUGGCUACAUCAACUACCUGGACAAAAACAACCCCAGCAAACCCCUGCGGGUCAUCAAGGGUCACAGCAAAUCCAUCCAGUGCCUGACGGUGCAUAAAAACGGCGGCAAGUCGUACAUCUACUCUGGGAGCCACGACGGACACAUUAAUAUCUGGGAUUCGGAGACAGGGGAGAACGACUCCUUCGCCGGGAAGGGCCACACGAACCAGGUGUCCAGGAUGACGGUGGACGAGUCCGGGCAGCUGGUGAGCUGCAGCAUGGACGACACGGUGCGGUACACCAGCCUCACACUGCGGGACUACAGCGGACAGGGAGUUGUGAAGCUGGACGUCCAGCCGAAGUGUGUGGCUGUCGGCCCCGGGGGCUACGCCGUGGUCGUGUGCAUUGGGCAGAUUGUCCUGCUGAAGGACCAGAGGAAGUGCUUCAGCAUCGACAACCUCAGCUACGAGCCCGAAGUGGUGGCGGUGCAUCCCGGCGGCGAGACAGUGGCCAUCGGGGGCGCGGAUGGGAACGUCCGCCUGUACUCCAUCCUGGGCACCACGCUGAAGGAUGAGGGCAAGCUCCUGGAAGCCAAGGGCCCCGUGACCGACAUGGCGUAUUCCAACGACGGCGCCUUCCUCGCCGUCUGCGAUGCCAGCAAGGUGGUCACGGUCUUCAGCGUUGCUGAUGGCUACUCGGAGAACAACGUCUUUUAUGGACACCAUGCAAAGAUCGUCUGCCUGGCCUGGUCUCCAGACAACGAGCACUUUGCCUCAGGUGGCAUGGACAUGAUGGUGUACGUGUGGACCCUCAGUGACCCUGAGACCAGGGUCAAGAUCCAAGAUGCGCACCGCCUGCACCACGUCAGCAGCCUGGCCUGGCUGGACGAGCACACGCUGGUCACGACCUCCCACGACGCCUCUGUCAAAGAGUGGACAAUCUCCUACUGAGGAGCCCUCCUCGGACUGACCGAAUCAGGGACUCGGGUUGAACGCAGCUGAACAGUGACGCCUCUCUCUCUCUGUCCGCCCCCGCCCCGCCCCCAGGGGGCGGGGCCUCGCCUCGUGACCGCCCCGGCCCCGCCCCCGGGAGGGAGGGCCCCGCCUCCUGAGCGCCCGCGGCCCGCAGGGCGACCCUGUCUGUACACGUCCUUCUGAAAGCUUUAGACGGUGACAGUUUGCACAUGGAAAAUAAAGUGAGCACUUCAACAACGUGUGGCGCGUGACUCAAACCCACCGCCCUGCUCGGCCGCGCAGAACAUUCCAGAGGCAGAGCCUCCAAAGCACACAGACUCAUCCCGCUCCCCGCCUGCUGGUCCCUUCUGGUGUCCGCGCCUGCGGGAAGGGGGCGCAGGGCCGGCGCUGUGAGCAGAUGGCGCUCGGUUCCGGCCCGGGGGACACACACAACCUGCAUUUCACUGUCCGUUUUUGUGCUUGAUUUUAAGAAUGGAGUUGUGGGAUUUGUUCUGUUUUGGGUUUUUUGUUUUUUUUUUUUUAAUGUAUCCUACCUGAUGCCUGUCAGUGUUUACGGCGCUGCCUCCAGGCUUUUGGAUCCCUCGGUAGCCAGACGAGGCCUCUUGGUACCGUUUGACUCUUGUGCUUUGAUGUCUUUCUAUCUUUCUUUCCCCCUCUGCCCCCCAGAGCAAAGAUUAAUUUAAAGGCAAAGAUGGAGUCACUGUAAACUAACCUGUCCUCAUUUACACCUUCCUUUUCUUUUCCAGUGCAGAAAUUAAAAGUAAGUAUAAAGCAAGGUGACUUGGAGUUUCUUUGCGUGUGUCGGAAUCACUGGUAAAUUGUUGGCUGAGAGCUGUCCCUCCCCUUGCACUUGUGAAAACACUUUGAGCGCUUUAAGACAUUAGACCAAGAACUAAUUAAAUACCUUUUCUCCUCA